CGCCCAUCGCUCGCCGACUUUCGUAUCCGUACGCAUUUAAAAAGUGACAUGACAUUCCAUAUUCAAGUUUUCCGCUGUUUUUCGCGCGCGAAAAAAUUCAAAUAACAAAUUUUCGAACUACAAACAAAAGACACAGUGACUGGCCGCUUCUGUUUUGUUUUUAUUUUCGUCUUGCCCAUUGUUAGCGAUGUGCAUUGUUCUUUCUUAAAAGUGUUGCUCGAUGUUGACGGUUGAAAAGAACAAAAAAGUUUGAAUCGGACCUUUUUGUUGGAUAUGAAAUGACAAUUAAGCAAUUAACAUUAAUUAAUUGUGACUUAUCACGUCGGAAAGUGGUUUGAGACUUUAUUGUUAAAUUGUGGCAAUGGUUUCGAGUGGAUUACAGUUAGUAGGCGCGACGACUGCCCGGGGCCGGUGAGAAGCAUGGCGGGAAGAGGAGUGUGCCUCUUCACAGUACAUUUUCUUUCGUGCAUUAUUGUCUGCCGACAAGAAAGCGGGAGCACCCGGUCGAGGGACCAAAGCACAGUGUCAGAGUCUUCCAGAAGAUUCCGGGCUGAGUUUCUAGAAGAUGUGCCACAGACAGCUGGAUCUCCGUACUUCGAUCCAAGCACGCCGGAGAACGUGACAGGACUGGUCGGCCACCCAGUCACGCUGCUUUGUAAAGUGAAGAAUUUACAGAAUAGAACUGUAUCAUGGGUCCGGCACCGGGACAUUCACCUGCUGACGGUGGGGCGCUACACGUACACGUCGGACCAGCGCUUCGAGGCGCAGCACAAGCCGCGCUCCGAGGAGUGGGCGCUGCGCAUCCGCAGCCCGCAGCGGCGCGACUCCGGCCAGUACGAGUGCCAGAUCUCCACCACGCUGCCCAUCGGCCACGCCGUGUUCCUCAACAUAGUAGAGCCAGAGACGGAGAUCCUCGGAGGUCCAGACCUGUUCAUCUACGCCGGCUCCACCAUAAACUUGACCUGCAUAGUGCGGCACACGCCGGAGCCACCUAACACUAUCAAUUGGACGCAUAGAGGCAAGACUAUAAACUUCGACUCGACGCGCGGUGGUAUAUCGCUAGUAACAGAGAAGGAUAUACACAGUAGCAGUAGGCUACUGGUGCAGGCAGCGCGGACGUCUGACGCGGGCGCAUACCAGUGUGCGCCAGACAACGCACAGAUGGCCACAGCACGAGUUCAUGUACUUACUGGAGAGACCCCAGCAGCGAUGCAAGGCAGCGCACAGUGGGCCAGCAGUCUCAGUUUACCCGCACUUUUUGUCGUCGCCAGUGCGGUCAUAUAAAAUGUAAACAGUGACAAUGUCAUUAAUAUAGAGUGUAAACAAUGAAGUGAACUUCAGUGAAUAUUGACUUGUAAAAAUAUCAAGGAAUGUGAAAUUGAAAUUGUGCUAUCGUGGAUAGUAAUUUGAGGACUGGGUGUAGAUGUUAAGUUCGUAUAAAAUGUAAAUAUUAAAUAUAAAAUAAUGUGAAAAUCGACGCGGUAAAAUUGAUAAUGUGCAAAAUGUGAAAUAAAAUUGUAAAAUAGUUACCAAAAUAUCCGAAAGGUCAAGUUAUUUACGAUUAAAGUCAUGAACUUCAUAGCUAGAUAUUGAUGUUAAUACAAUUUGAAAAACUGCCAGGGGAAAUCAGAUUGUUAUUUACGAUAUUGAAAUUUUUAGGUCUGGAGGUGAAUUACUACUACAAAGAAAUAUACAUUUAAAUUCAGUAAAUAACUUUUCGUAACCCAAUGGACGUCAAUAAGCUUAUUGGCAGGGCUUCAAAAUUUUCUAGGUUUAUUUAUUUUUCAGAGAAAAAUCUUUAUUUAUCUGUACGCAAGGAUUUAC